CAAAUCUCGGGCUACUAUCCAGGUUAUCGAGCGGGUUUGCUGCCUCCAGAAAGCAUUCCAUGGGAACUUUACAACCAUGUCGAUUACUUUGUGGCUGUCACUUCGGAAUCCCCAUCAGCUGAAUUUGUGUUUGAUAACGAAGCAAAUGUGAAAGCGGUUGUUGCGGGUGCUAAAGCUCAUCAGGUUACAGUUUCAUUGACGAUCGGAGGAUGGACAGGUAGCAAGUACUUUAGCUCUCUUGUUAGCACUGAUUCCAGCCGUGAGACCUUCGCAAAGACAAUCGCCGCAACGUUGACUAAGUAUAACUUUGACGGUGUGGACCUUGAUUGGGAGUAUCCGAACGCCCCAGGAAACGAGGGUAAUAUAAUAUCCAAAGACGACUCUGCUAACUUGCUCAAGUUCUUGACUGCCCUCCGUGCUUCCAUUGGAUCCAAGAGGCUCACAGCCGCAGUCUCCGUACAUGGUUUCAUGGGACCAGACGGACAAUACUUGAAGGACCACAAAGAAUACGCUAAGUUGUUCGAUUUCAUCACUAUCAUGGCCUACGAUAUUUACCUCCCGGUUGUCACUCCCCUCUUUGGACCUGGAGCUCCGCUAUUUGACACCUGCAAUGACCCUAGCUAUAAAUUCUCGGUGGCUCAAGCUAUUGACACCUGGACUUCAACUGGCUUUCCCGCGUCCCAAAUCCUCUUAGGUAUUCCUGCAUACGGCUAUCAGUACACGUUAUCAAGCUCAACGCUCGACCCAACUAACUUCUCAGGUAAAGAAAACAGUUUGUUUUUUGGUGCCAUUGACAAGGCAGCUCAGGCUCAAAAUGUGAAGAACAUUGCCCCUACUCCGACCGGAUGCGACAGCCCAUUGGAAGGAGGUAACUUCAUCUUUAAAGACUUGCUGACCUGUGGAUUUCUAACCCCCGAUGCCGCUACCGGACAAGGAGGAUUCGAACGCCACUAUGACAACUGUACUCAAACUCCACUUCUCUUCAACCCAUCCACCAAGACACUCAUUGCGUAUGACGACCCAACCUCUUUGACAGAGAAGGUUAAGUAUGCAAAAUCCAAGGGAGUUGCAGGUGUGAAUGUAUUUGACGCCAGUGGCGAUACCCCU